UCGGCGGAAAUCGAAGCGAACAACAUGGAGCGCUGGCAGAAUCGCGUGGCCGUCGUCACUGGGGCCAGUUCGGGAAUAGGAUCGGCGAUAGCCAAGGACCUGGUUCUGGCCGGGAUGACGGUGGUGGGGCUGGCCCGUCGGGUGGACCGCGUCAAGGAGCUGCAGAAGGAGCUGCCGGCGGAGAAGAGGGGCAAGUUCUUCGCCCUCUACUGCGAUGUGAGCAACGAGAGCUCCGUGAACGAGGCCUUCGACUGGGUGAUCCAGAAGCUGGGAGCAGUCGAUGUGCUGGUCAAUAACGCCGGAACCCUGCAGUCGGGCCACCUGGUGGACAUGAACCCGGCCAUCAUGCAGCAGGUCCUGCAGACGAACAUCAUGGGCAUCGUCCUGUGCACCCAGCGGGCGGUUCGCUCCAUGAGGGAGCGCAAGUUCGACGGCCAUGUGGUGCUCAUCAACAGCAUCCUCGGGCACAAGACCAUGACCGCCAUGGAGGGCGUGGUCCCGGACGUCAACGUCUAUCCGCCCAGCAAGCACGCGGUCACGGCUCUGGCCGAAGGAUACCGCCAGGAGUUCCUCGGCCUGGGCACCCGCAUCAAGAUUACGAGCGUCAGUCCGGGAGUUGUGGAUACCGAGAUCCUGCCGGACAGCAUCAGGGAAGCCAUCAAGGACCGCAUGCUCCACUCCGAGGACAUCUCGCAGGGAGUGCUCUACGCCAUUUCCACUCCACCACAUGUCCAGGUCCACGAGCUCACAAUUAAGCCCCUUGGAGAGACCCUGUAGUCCUCUACCAAAUUAAACAUUUUUUUUUUAUAUUUUUUUUUUUAGCUUAGUAUUGUUUCUGAAAGUAUUUCGGAUUUUAUUUUUAAGCACAGUUUUUUUAUUUUACUAUUUCGUACCCACCUCUUGUCUAAAAAACAUGUAAUGGUUUUCCUGUACUGUAAAUUUUGAAAACACAAAUUUGUUAUAUAAACAGAUUUUCAGCACAAUUUUGAACUACUUUUCAUUUCAUUGUCUUCCACCUCUAUGUUUUAACUUUAAAAUAUUAAAAAAUGUGUGUCACUUCUUGAAAUAUAUCGGAUUUUCGGAAACUUGAUAGAAACUAUAAAAA